GCGGAAGCGGAGCUAGGGUGGUGGGCGCUGUGGGUCCCGGACGUCUGCGGUCCCGGUGCUCCAGACCAUGGGCGCGGGGCUGAGCGGCGGCCAGGCCGCCCCGGAGCCGGCACAACCCCCGCCCCAGCCUGCGGCUCCCGAGCGGCCGCGGCCCGAUCCUGGGCCCUGGGGGCCGCUGGACGACGUGCGAUUCCUCAUCGCCUGCACCUCCUGGUACUGAGCCACCGCGCCCCCUCACUAGUCAGGACAGGUCGCU